GGGUCAAGGCCAGGUGUGGUACUAUCUCGGUCGGACGUAACAACGACUUGUCCAGUAUAUUGACAAUUUUAAAUUGAAGCGAAAUGUUGCUUAGCAUUGCCGUAUGGGGGAUUUUGCUGGUUUAUGUAAAUGCACAGUCCACCUGUCCCGAAGGCUGGGUGAGUAAUUUAGAGGCAUGCUACCACAUUAGCAGGGACACGGAGGAAUGGAUGAUGGCCGAGGAUAUGUGUAAACUAUAUGGUGCAUCUUUGGUGUCUAUUGAAACUCCUAAUGAGGACCUCUUCCUCUCUGACUAUCUUCGGAACCAUACUGACGUGUACACGAGCCAUGAGUUCUGGAUAGGACUGUCAGAUUGGGAGUUGGAGGGCAACUUUAUUUGGGUUCCCGAACGUUUGACGCCUUUGUACAAAAACUGGGGCCCCGGAGAACCUGAUAAUGAUCACUUAGACCAACAUUGUACCGUCAUCAACACCCGUGAACACUACCAGUGGUACGACCGCACGUGUAACCAAAAGUACGGCUACAUCUGUGAAAAAACUACCGAUCCAGGUAUCAUCAUCGGGUAAAAUCCUCCAUUACUAUAUAUAAUAUGGAAGGGUGACACCUGUUUUUGGAGACAAUAAAUACACACCAACAUGUCGUAUAUUAUAGAUAAGGCAGUCUGGUUCAGUAAUUCCUCAAUUUGUUAGAUAAAACUUGGCCGGGUACCAAAUAGAAAGAGAUGUAUUUAUAAUAAAACCUACCCAAUCUCUGAA